GGCGGCACAAGGACGCGGAGGACCCGGCCCGCCCGCCCCCCCCCUCAUGGCGUCCCGCAAGGCCUCCGCCGCCGGGCCGGGCACCGCGCUGGGCACCGGCGGCCGCGACAGAGCGCACCUGGAGCUGGCCGAGCUGGGGCCGCUGCUGGAGGAGAAGGGGGAGCAGGGAGCCGCCGGCUCGGCCGCGGCUGAGGAGCCGCCGGGCCCCGCGGCCCGUGAGGAAGAGGAGGAGGUGGUCCGUGUGCUGACGCUGCCUCUGCAGGCUCACCAUGCCAUGGAGAAGAUGGAGGAGUUUGUGUACAAGGUGUGGGAAGGGCGCUGGCGGGUGAUCCCCUACGACGUGCUGCCCGACUGGCUGAAGGACAACGAUUACCUCCUGCACGGGCACCGCCCGCCCAUGCCCAGCUUCCGCGCCUGCUUCAAGAGCAUCUUCCGGAUACACACGGAGACGGGCAACAUCUGGACACAUCUGCUAGGUUUUGUGUUGUUCCUGUGCUUGGGAAUCCUGACCAUGCUGCGGCCCAACAUGUAUUUCAUGGCUCCUCUCCAGGAGAAGGUGGUGUUUGGGAUGUUCUUCCUGGGAGCAGUGCUGUGCCUCAGCUUCUCUUGGCUCUUCCACACCGUCUACUGUCACUCGGAGAAGGUGUCGCGGACCUUUUCAAAGUUGGAUUAUUCAGGAAUUGCACUGCUGAUCAUGGGAAGCUUCGUCCCAUGGCUCUACUACUCCUUCUACUGCUCCCCACAGCCAAGACUCAUCUACCUCUCCAUCGUCUGCGUCUUGGGCAUCUCGGCCAUCAUCGUUGCGCAGUGGGACCGCUUCGCCACCCCUAAGCACAGGCAGACCAGAGCAGGUAGGGGCUGCCCCAUCCUCCCACUGCAGCCCCAGCCCUGGGAGGGCUCUGGGCACCCUUCACUGAUCCGGCCCAGCCUCUCCUCAAUGGGAGGGCUGCGGUUGCCACUGGCAGCACCAUCCCUGGGUGCGAUGGGCUCUGCGAGGUGCCAUCAUCUCCUCCCCACCGCAGGCGUGUUCCUGGGGCUGGGGCUGAGCGGGGUGGUGCCCACCAUGCACUUCACCAUCGCCGAGGGCUUCGUCAAAGCCACCACCGUGGGGCAGAUGGGCUGGUUCUUCCUCAUGGCCGUGAUGUACAUCACGGGUGCGGGGCUCUACGCCGCCCGCAUCCCCGAGCGCUUCUUCCCGGGCAAGUUCGACAUCUGGUUCCAAUCACAUCAGAUCUUCCACGUGCUCGUGGUGGCCGCAGCCUUCGUCCACUUCUACGGCGUUUCCAACCUGCAGGAGUUCCGCUACGGCCUCGAAGGGGGGUGCACAGACGACUCUCUGCUCUGAGAGCGCCUGGUUUUAGUCCAAGCUUCCCAAGUGCUUUUUAAACUCUUUUGUCUUUGCUAAAAAGAAACAAAAA